AUGUUUCCCAUGGGUGUGUUAUUGGCGGGCCAAGUCGUUGACCUGAAGGAACAAAUCGAUAGUAAAUUCGUCGAUUUGAGAAAACAGUCUAUCGCGGUAUCCGUGAGGAGGAAAGAACAAGUCGCACUAGUCAAAGAACAGGAGAAAACUAAAGUGGUCGAAUAUGCACAGCAGAAACUGGACAUGGAGGCAGCUAUCACUGCGCUGUCUGGUUUAUAAACCGCGAAUUACAAGAAAAGGAAGGCAAUCUACAUGCACUAUAUGUACAUGUGUGACAACCGGGAGAGGUAUCUGUUACACGGCAGACAGUUAACAGGACGCUCCCACGGGCGGGCAAUCGUCAGCAUCUGGCUCGAUAUGUCUUGUGAUUAACCCCAAUAUAUGAAAGCUACAUGCGUAUUACUGGAGAUAGAAGUAUUACUGUGAAGAUAUAGUCGGCAUCGGGCCUAUCACAAUCUAAUGGUUUUUAGGUCAAGCUGAAGAAAUUACAAGCAAUGUACACCCAGCGCCAGGGUAGUCCUUCGUACCCAGAUGAAUAGUCUCGAGUAGAUGGCACUCAAUGAGCACAAAUCUAGUGAUCUUGAAGGCAGUACUACGUCGCACCGUAGCUUGGCCCUAGCGGUAUUCAACAGGAGGAUGGUAUACCUGUGCACCUUCUGCUAUAUAUGGAAUCCAUCGUGGAUGGCUGUGUUGUCAAUUCAAUUGUAGCGUGUUGAAGCACCCGCGGGCUUUGGCAUAGUGGAAGCCAGAUACCCUCUAUGGAUAUGUAUCCAUCUUUAGAUUACGAGAGUGGUACGAUAGGAGACGCACGGUGACAGUGCUACAGUCGGUGCCUCUAUUCGGUGAGAAUUAAACAC